UGUUCCUGCCUCGGAUCUCUCGUAACCUUCUUUUCACAACUUACUUGCCUUUUUGGAACGCUUCUCUCCGCUAUAUGGCCAUUUCACCAUGCCGUCUUCCCGCUGGUGGCUCUAUGUCCAAGCCAUUGCCUGGCGCUUUCUAAUGCGCAUUGGCAUGUUCCUGCACGAUGUCACUCCUCCGCGACCUCCGCGGCCUGCCUUUGUUCGCACUAUUCCCACCGGUUCAGGUCAGAUCCGUCUCUGCUUCUACACGCCACCCAACUACCCCAUCACUCGCAAAGAAGGUCGCCGUCUGCCCGUCGUGGUCAAUUUCCACGGAGGAGGCUUCACGCUAGGAUGCCCCACGGAUGACAGUCGCUGGGCGCAGUGUGUGCUCGGAGAAGUCGGUGCCGUGCUGGUCAGCGUCGGAUACCGUCGUGCUCCCGAACAUCCGUUUCCCGCCGCCGUUGACGACGGCGUCCUCGCCCUGCAGUAUCUCGCUGCCCACGCCGUCGAGCUGGGAUUGGACGUCUCGCGCAUCGCCCUGUCCGGCUUCUCCGCUGGUGGUAACCUCGCCAUCACCGUACCCCUCCGCCUGCGCAGUAUCCUAAGUGAGCAGCAACAACAGCAGCAACGCGACCAACAAGACGCCCUCGAACCUCGCAGCAGUCCGCCCAAUUUGGGCCCAUACGACUCCACCCAGCAACUAGUAUCCGCCGCCUCCACCAGCGAACUCAAUAUCGUUGCCCUCUUCUGCUGGUACCCAAUCCUCGACUUCGAAGAGUCGCGUGACCAUCGUCGCGCCAUGAGCCUCAUGCCCAGUAAGACCCUCCCAGCCUUCUUCACCGACCUCUUCGAUGAGUCCUACUUGCCUACGCGCGAGGAGCGGGUCUCGCCCUAUGCGUCGCCCGUGCACGCCACGGAUGAGAUCCUCGCCGAUGCCCUGCCGCACGAUAUCUUCUUCUAUAUCUGCGAAUGGGAUAUGCUUCUCAAGGAGGGCCAGGUAUUUGUGCGACGUCUGCAGAAUAUCAACAAACAUGUCCGCGCCAUGAUGAUCGAAAAGGCGCCCCACGCGUGGGAUAAAUCGCCCAAUCCGUUCCGCGAUCAGGAUAAAGUUGAUAUUCUCUACCGCGAUGCCUGUGCUGAUAUGAAGCAUAUCUUUGGUGCGUAAACCCAUCCUCUUACCUCAAAGGAUGGGCGGUACAUAUAACUCAUUGCGUUUUUCUUUUUCCCUCUUGACAUCCUGGUCUGUAUAAACUAUCCCUUUUUUUUAUACAUCCUAUUUUUAUAACUCUUUGGAGUCAUUGGCGUUACCUUGGGUUUCGAUCAUCAUUAGAAUCGUUACAUCAUCCUUACUACACACACGCACAUCUACAUGUACACUAGACGACGAUCAUUGAUUACUACCGAAGUUACUG